CAAACCCAAAAACAUCAGUGUUUCUGCGAGUCCAGUUGUUUUCACAUUCACACAAAGGAACUGAGCGCUGCCGUUGCAUAGAGAGAGAGAGAGAGAGAGAGAGAUGCGCAAAUAAGAAGGCACUAAAGAAACGCCUUUGAGAAGCCAAGAGGAGAGCGAGAGCGACUUUGCCAAGUGCUUUUGGACGCGUCGCUGAUCGGGGGGAAAAGAAAAGAAAAGCGAAGAUGGUGUCGGCCGGCUUGGAGAUUCUGGGACUGUCGCUGUGCGUGGUCGGCUCUCUCCUGGUGAUGGUGGCGUGCGGGCUGCCCAUGUGGAAGGUGACCGCGUUCAUCGAGGCCAACAUCGUGGUGGCGCAAACCAUCUGGGACGGCCUGUGGAUGACGUGCGUGGUUCAGAGCACCGGGCAGAUGCAGUGCAAGGUGCACGACUCGGUCCUGUCCCUCAGCCACGACCUCCAGGCGGCUCGGGCGCUCACCAUCAUCGCGUCGGUGAUGGGCGUGCUGGGGCUGAUGGUGGUGAUCGCCGGAGCGCAGUGCACCAACUGCAUUCGCAACGACCACGUCAAGGCGCGGGUGGUGAACGCCGGCGGCGUGAUCUUCAUCAGCAGCGGCCUCUUCGUCUUGGUGCCCCUGUGCUGGAUGGCCAACAACAUCAUCUCGGAUUUCUACAACCCGCAGGUGCCCGGCUCCAAGAAGCGAGAGAUCGGCGCCGCGCUCUACAUCGGCUGGGCGGCCACGGCGCUCCUCUUUAUCGGCGGGGCCGUGCUGUGCUGCUCCUGCCCGUCCGGCGGGAACGCGGGAUACUCGGUCAAAUACGCGCCCACCAAGAGAGCCACGCCGAACGGGGACUACGACAAACGGAAUUAUGUGUAGCCCCGCUCGGACUUGGCUUCUUUCUUGCUUUCUUGCUUUCUUUUCUUUCUUUCUUUCUUUGUUGCACCUGCCUUCCUUUAUAUCCUCGACUCGUUCAAUAAGCUGCAUGGACGGACGGACGGACCAACCACGUUUUUCCUAUCAGCGGGACUUUUCCCGUCUUCUUUUGGAAACCUAAAACUACAUCAAAGGACUACAGUAUUAGGUACAUGC